GUGAUUUUCCCUAUUCUAUAUAGUUAUAGCAAUGUCUUUCUUUUUUUUCUUUUUUUUCUCGGAACAACAGCUAUAAAAUCUUUUGCACUUCGCUUCCGUGUCUCUGCUAUUAUCAUCCGUGUCUGGUUCUAAAAAAAUGCUGUCUUCCCUAUCUUCCACAAUUUCCCGCCUAAAUCUGUUCUACCCGAAACCCUCAAUUCCUUACUCUCUGUCAUCAUGUCUCAAAACCCUUAAACCCCAACCAAUAAUCCCCAGAUGGUCACCUCUCCAUUCUCUAUCCACUCAUUCCACUUCAAGACUUUCAACUUCACUAAAACCCCAAUUCGAAACUUUGGUUUCUAAGGAUGAUCUUGUUGUUCUUGGAAUCGAAACUAGCUGUGAUGACACUGCAGCUGCUGUUGUGAGGGGCAAUGGUGAGAUUCUAAGUCAAGUUGUUUCUUCUCAGGCAGAUUUGCUUGCAAAAUAUGGUGGUGUUGCUCCUAAAAUGGCAGAAGAAGCACACUCCCAAGUUAUUGAUCAGGUCGUACAGGAAGCACUUGAUAAAGCUAAUUUAACAGCAACGAAUCUAUCUGCCGUUGCUGUUACAAUUGGUCCUGGUUUGAGCCUAUGUCUUCGCGUUGGUGUACGAAAAGCUCGUAAACUUGCUGGUAGCUUCAAUCUACCAAUCAUUGGCAUCCACCAUAUGGAGGCUCAUGCUCUAGUAGCCAGGUUAAUUGAACGUGAGUUGCAAUUUCCUUUCAUGGCCCUUCUUAUUUCAGGAGGACACAAUCUACUUAUCCUUGCUCAUGACCUUGGCCACUACAUACAACUUGGGACCACAAUUGAUGAUGCAAUUGGUGAGGCAUAUGACAAGACAGCAAAAUGGCUUGGUCUUGACAUGAGCAGGAGUGGUGGACCAGCCCUAGAGGAACUUGCUCGAGAGGGUGAUGCAGAAUCAAUAAAAUUUUCAACUCCAAUGAAACAGCAUAAAGAUUGCAACUUCUCGUAUGCUGGAUUGAAGACCCAAGUGAGGCUGGCAAUUGAAUCCAAAAACAUCAAUGCUGAAAUUCCCAUUUCUUCUGCAAGUAGCCAAGAUAGAAGGUCCCGAGCUGACAUUGCAGCUUCUUUUCAGCGAGUUGCAGUAUUGCAUUUAGAGGAAAGGUGUGACCGGGCAAUUGAAUGGGCAAGGAAGAUCGAGCCUUCAAUAAAGCAUUUGGUGGUCUCUGGAGGUGUUGCAUCAAAUCAGUAUGUCAGGGCUCGGCUUGAUCAUGUUGUGAAGAAGAACAGUCUUCAACUUGUUUGCCCUCCUCCAAAGCUUUGUACUGAUAAUGGUGUAAUGGUAGCUUGGACUGGCAUUGAACACUUCUGCAUGGGUAGAUUUGAUCCUCCACCCCCUGCAGAUGAACAUGAAGAUUAUAUGUAUGAUCUGCGGCCAAGGUGGCCGCUAGGAGAGGAGUACGCAGAAGGGAGAAGUGAAGCUCGCUCUUUGAGAACAGCUCGAAUUCAUCCAUCACUUACAUCUAUAAUUCAAGCGUCACUCCAACAGCAAUGAUACUGGUGGCUCUAAAUUCUACACAGGUCCUUGUGAUUAGCAGAGCAACAUGUUUGGACUGAUCAUCCAGUGCCUUGACGUUGAACUUCGCAACCUGAAUUGAGUUUCUGAUGUAUAGAUCUUGCGGGGAUACAAGUUAAAAUUUGGGAAAUGACACCAGCACGUUAUAACAGCUGUUGGAAAAAUUUAAACUGGGACUUCCGGUUCCUCCCUGUAAGAUGGUUAUUGUGUAAUUUUCAAUUGUUGGUGCUAAUUCAAAAGCUUUUAUCCAUUUAUCUGGACCUUAGGUGCGUAGCUUGAGCUCACUGUACAAUCUGUACAUCCUGGACAGCUUGUGUCUACAGUGUGCAUUAGUAAAAAGAAAAAAACAUAUCCCUAUUUUCUCACUGA